GUACAUCCAGCCCAUGUGGAAGGAUGAGAGGAGAGAAGCUGUUACCACCUGUGAUACUAGUGCUUGUGCUGAGCUUGCUCAUGCUACCGACAUCUUAUGGACAGCAGUUAGAGGAAUCCUGUACCGUUCAGAUUCUUGUCCCUGGACUCAAAGGAGAACCAGGAGAGAAAGGACAGAAAGGAGCCCCAGGGAGACCAGGAAGACUCGGCCCUGCUGGAGAGAUUGGCCACCCUGGGCUGAAAGGAGAGAAGGGCAUCAUGGGACGCUAUGGAAAAAUGGGCCCAAGUGGGAUCAAAGGGGCAAAAGGAGAUAUGGGGGAUCCAGGUCCAGUGGGCCCCAGUGGAGAACCAGGAGUUCCAUGUGAGUGCACACCAAUGAGAAAGAUGAUCGGAGAAAUGGACAUUCUUGUUUCCCAGAUAUCCUCCGAACUCAAGUUCAUAAAAAAUGCUGUUGCUGGCAUAAAAGAGACAGACAGUAAGGUCUAUCUGUUGGUGAAGGAGGAGAAACGUUAUUCCGACGCAGAGACCUACUGUCAAACAAGGGGAGGGCACCUGGCCAUGCCCAAGGAGGAGGCUUCCAACACGGCCAUUGCUGUAUAUAUUAGCAAGGCGGGCCUUAACAGAGUCUACAUCGGCAUCCAUGACCUGGACAACGAAGGUGUUUUCACCUAUGUGGAUCGUUCUCCCAUGACCACGUUCAACAAAUGGCGAAAAGGAGAACCCACCAACGCCUAUGACGAUGAAGACUGUACUGAGAUGGUGGCGACUGGGGAAUGGACUGAUGUGGCUUGCCAUCCUACUAUGUAUUUUGUGUGUGAAUUUGACAAGGAUAGUGUCUGAGCUCAUCUUUAGAAGAGAAAAGCUUCUGCAGUAAGAGGAAGCUGUAGAAAAUACAGCUGACUAAAUCAAAACAUGGCGUGUUUACCUGAAAAAUCUAUCUUUAAAUGGAAUGACAAAACAACAUGCAACUUAUAGAAAAUAGCAUGUCAACUGUAUAUACUUUCCUUUUGCUAACAAUGAUGUGCUUGCUGAAAAAUAUAAAAUUAAGCUAUUUAUUG